AUGUACACGGUUUCUUCUGAGCAGUUUACCAUCCACAUUAACAUCGUAUGAACGGUAUGCACAGUUCUGUGAGACAGUUCCUUUCUUCCACUCUUGUCCUUUCAACAGACCUUCAGGCCUGACUCUAACGGUAUCUCCAGGCCUUAAUUCAUUUAGGUCUUUAGCAGUGCGGUCAUAAUAGGCUUGAGAUUUCUGGUGUCUCUUCUAACACUGUUUCUGCAAUCUCAGGUGUCAGUAAUGUCGCUUUAAUAGGUACUUCAGUUCUUGUUCGACGGUUUAGGAAUCUUUGUGCGGGAGAUGUUGUCAUGCCAGCAGUAGGCGUGUUGUGCUGGUCAAGUAAUGCUUCGUACGGACUCAAUUUUGUUUUCUCAGCUUUCCUCAGCAAAGUUUUGACAAUCUUCACAGCAGAUUCAGCUUUUCCAUUACUUUGGUGAAGAAAUGGUAUGUUUAAUCUUCUUUCGUUGGCAGAAUUGCGAGAACUCGACUGAGUCGUAGUUCUUACCACAGUCUGUGACGAUCUCGUAAGGAAUUCCGCAUCUCGCAAAUUGUUUUUGCAUUAGAUUAACGGUUUCACAUGCAGUUUGGUUUUUCGUCAAGUCAAAUUCAAUCCAGUCACUGUAAUAGUCAACUAGAACAAGAUAGUGUUCUUUGUUCCAUUCAAAAAUGUCAGAUCCAACUUUUGACCAAGGUCUGUUAGGAAUUUCAUGACUGAUUAGUGUUUCUNUUGCAUUAGAUUAACGGUUUCACAUGCAGUUUGGUUUUUCGUCAAGUCAAAUUCAAUCCAGUCACUGUAAUAGUCAACUAGAACAAGAUAGUGUUCUUUGUUCCAUUCAAAAAUGUCAGAUCCAACUUUUGACCAAGGUCUGUUAGGAAUUUCAUGACUGAUUAGUGUUUCUUUUUGGUUCUUAGUCUGAAAAGCAUUGCAGACUUCACUUGUAGCAAUGAACUGUUUCAAUUGAUUGUUCAUUCCCGGCCACCAUAAUGAAGUUCUAGCACGCCUAAGGGUUGACCCGGUACCCAUAUGUGCUUGGUGUAAUUUAAUAAUCAGAGUCUUUCGGAGUGUUGCUGGGACUACGAUGCGAUCACUCCUGUAAACAAUUCCAUCGUUAAAGGACAGUUCAUCCUUAAUGUUCCAAUACGGUAAGAUUUCAACAGGAACGUUUCGUUUUAUUGGUUUCCAGCCCAUUGAUAUGUGGUCGAUGACAAACUGUAAGACAGCAUCCUGUGCAGUGGCUUCUGCAAUUUCAGCGAAGUUGCUGUUAAGCUUUGCUCUUCAUGAACAAGUCUUCUCUUGUCUUGUCUUGGCAUACUGUAUAGGCUGGCCGCCUUGCAUGAGGCAGGCUCCUAAACCACUUGAUGAUGCAUCCACUUGGACUUCAACUUGUUCAGCCACAUUGAAGUAUCUUAGUAGUGGUGCAUUCAGAAUAAGAGUCUUAAUUUCAUCAAAAGCUUUCUGUUCAUUUUCUUCCCAGAUAAACGCAGUGUUGUUCUUCAGCAGAGCUCGUAUCGGUUCUGACUUGGUUGACAAGUCUUCUGAAAAUCUUGACAGGUAGGUAACAACACCAAGUAGUCUUCUGACUUCAUCUUUGUUGGUUGGGGCAGGCAUUGACUGAAUACAUUCUUGUUUCUUGGGGUCAGGUUUAACUCCUUUGUCUGUAAGGACCACACCCAUGUAGAACAACUCAGUCUUACUCAGCCGGAACUUCUCCUUAUUAAGUUUAAUAUUCUUCUGUUGGCAUCGCUCCAACAAGGCAAGCAAUCUCUUGUCAAGGCUAGCUCUUGCUUCCUCAGUGUUUUCUCCAGAUCAAUAUGCCAUCAGCUAUGGCUUUUACACCUUCUAAUCCUUCUAGAUUCUCAUCAAUUCUGCUUUGAAGUUCUUCAGGUGCUACACCGAUGCCAAAAGGCAUUCUUUUCCAUUUCAUCCGUCCAAGAGGGGUAUUAAAGGUUGUCAGCAAGGAGCUUUCUGCAUCUAAUGGUACAUGCCAAAAAGCAGUCUUGAUAUUAGCUAGAGAGAAUACUUUAGCAUUGCUAAUGUCUGUAAGCAGAUGAUCGACAGUUGGGAUUGGGUACUCAGAUCGUUUGAGUGCCGUGUUCAGUGAUCUGCUGUCUAUGCAGAGUCUAAUUCCAUUCUUAGCAGAGGGUUUGUUUACAAUUGUAGGACCACUUACCCAUUCGGUAGGCUCAGUCACUUUUUCAAUUAUACCUUGCUGUUGGAGAUCUUUUACUUCAGCAAUAAAGUUGUUCUUCACAGAGAGAGGGAUCUCUCUAGGAGCUGUUUUGUGAGGAGUGACAUCAUUACUUGUGUGAAGAUGUAGCUCGCCCUCAAACUUUCCUAUACUGUCAUCAAAGACUUGAGGGUAGUUAGUCAGAAUGGUCCCCAAGGUGAGUGGUGUUGUCAAUUCACUGGCAGUCACAGGGACACUUGGGUUAGCUGGGGCUACCACAGCAAUAUUCUCUCGUAAGAGCUUAACGAGUUUGAGUGUUUCAGAGUCAUUUAGACUGAUCAGAGGUGUUAGGUCUCUGUCAACAAUUCUAAACUGAAUGAUCAUUUCUUCACUGGUUGCAAGAUUUAGCACAAAGACUUUUUCUGGUUCCCAGGGUCUGAAUUUUGGUUUCUUUAUCAUAGAGCGACAGAACAGGCUUGACUACAGUGUUAAGGUCAGCGAGAUCAUAAUCUCCACUGAUGUCUUUGUACACAUUCACAGGGAGAAUGCUACAUGUUGAACCAGAGUCUAUCUGAAAGCUUACAGGAAUUCUUUUCUUUGACAGCAGUAGGUUUGCAAAAGCUUUUUUGUGAUCACAGUUUUGAUUAAGUACACAGAUUUUGUCAAGAACUUCAUAAUAGUGAUCCCCACCAUCUUCUUUUACUCUCAGUACAAACGGUUUUGAGGUUGGUUUUGAUUGUUUUGGAUCUGAGUGUUUCUCCUGUUUUCCUUUUUGUAAGCGUUUACACUCCUUCGAGUCUUGAAAGUGAUUCUUGACCUUACAUUUUCUGCAGACUGCUCCCCAGGCGGGGCAGAGUUUCUUGUCUGAAAAUCUAUGAGCUCCCUCUUUGUGUGCACAGUAAAUACACAUGAGGACUUUCUUGGGCUUAUCUUUAGAAACAGCUUUUAUACUCUCUUUUGCAGGAGUUCGGUUUGCACUACACUCUUGGACUUCAAUCUUUGUACUUUCAUAAGCCUUGCCAAUUGUAAUAGCUUCAACUCUUGUGAGAGUGUUUCCUUUUUCUAGCAAUCUUUUCUUUAGUUCUCCAUCAGAGACACCAUAAACAAACUGAUCUCUCACUUGUCUAUCUUCGUCUAAAUAAUGACAGUCUUUCACUAACAGCAGCAGGUCAGUGACAAAAGCAGUUAUUGUCUCUCCAGGUUUCUGCACUGGUUCUUUAAAUUCUUAGAAGCAACAAUCUCGCUACAUUCUGGACUUACCGCUCGUUCCAACUUAGUCCACAUCAGAUCAUAGUCGUUUACAUCCUCACCUUCAAACCAGUCCAAGCUGUCCUAUAUCUUUUGACCUUCAGGGCCAAACCAAUCUUGAACCAAAAUACAUUUUCUUUCAUUCGAAAUAUUCACAAGACUUCCUUUGAAGACGUAACCACAUUUCUUUUUGAAGGCUUUCAAUGCUUCUAGCCGAUUCUCCCGGCGGGAAUCGAGCUUGGGUCGCUCGAAGUUCAUGAUAUUACCAGUAAAGAAAUUGAGCUGGGGCCGCAGCUUCGGCUCCUUCUUCCGACAUGUUUAACUCGUGGUUUUGCAGGGUUUUGGCGCGAAGAUCUCAGGCAGUAUGUUUGA